AUGGGUAACAAAUUUAAUCAUUUAGAAAUAUUUCCUAAUAACCCAAUGCUAAUGUGUAUAUGCGGUAGUUCCGGUUCUGGGAAAACUCAUCUCACUUUUAACAUGUUGACAACACCAAACCUUUUAGAUUUCGAUUCUUUGUAUAUCUACACAACAACACCAGACUUUAGAAUAUCUACCAAAGAAAGAUGUUCAAGACCUAUUUCAAUAUUACGAAUAAAAGAUAUCAUAGAUAACUACAUCGAAGGAAAGAAUCCAACGGAUAUAAAAGUUUUUCUUACCAAAAAUGUUAAUGAUCUAGACUUGUCUAAUAUUGAUAGCAAACGAAAGAACUUAAUAUUGUUUGACGACUGCGUUGCGCAAAGAAAUCAAGCUGUUCAACAAGAAUUCUUCACGAUGGGAAGACAUCACAACUGUCACUGCAUAUACCAAUCUCAAUCUUUUUACGGGAUGGAUUGUAUGUUUAUUAGAAAAAAUGCAAAUUGUUUUUUAUUAUUCGAAUUAAACGAUAAAGAUUUAUCUCAAAUCAUUCAGUCGAUAAAUCACGGAAUGGACAGAGAUAAAUUCAAAAAAGUUUGUAAAGCUCAAUGGAGAAACCCAGAUGAACAUGGAUAUGUAUUUGUAAAUACUAGAAAACCUGCGGGUGAAAGAGUUAUGAUCGACAUAUGUUAA